CACCUUCGAACUCUUCCAUAAUCUAGUAAAGAUGUCUGCGGCGGGUAUGGGUACGGGCGGCUGCAGACCCGGACCCAGUCCGGGUGCUGCUUCUGGGACCUGUAAUCCCCGAAAGUUCAGCGAAAAGAUAGCCCUGCAUAACCAGCGACAGGCCGAAGAGACGGCCGCCUUCCAGGAGGUCAUGCUGGACAUUACAUCAACUCGGAUUCAGGCACAGAAGGAACGUCUGGCUCAGAACCAGGGUCCGUGUUACGGAGGGUCCCUGCCCAACGUCAACCAGAUCGGAAGGUCCAACCCAGAGUUUCAGGGCCAGUUCUUAUCUGAUCUGGACUCCACGCGGCAGACAAGACACCAUGGCUUGGUGGAGCGAGUUCAGAGGGACCGGCGACCCAUGCUCUCUGGUGCCCCCUAUAGGCGACGACGGGACUGCCCCACAUACAGCUCCGCUUACCUGUCGCCAGCCCCUAGCCUCAGCUGGAGAAGGCACUGGUCCCCCGACGUGCCGCCGGAUAAAUCCCAGUCGCUGGCUGGCGUCACGCUCAACAGGACAAACUCUGAUUCUGCCCUGCAUACCAGUGUCAUGAACCCACAUGCUGGGAUCCAUUCCAGCCCGGGCCACACUCUGACCCACCGGAACCGGCGAAGCAUGUUCCCCUACCCAGUGCCCCCCAUUGAGGAGAAUGUUCUGGAUGAGGAGAGCCUGCUCAAGUCCUGGGACGCCAAAAAGUUAACUGCGCCAUCUUCUCGACCUAAAUCCUGUGAAGUCCCGGGUAUCAACAUUCUCCCAACACCGGCACAGCAGUCAGGCACCCCCCUCAAUCCGGCAACCCUGAGCACCGGAGGCUCCCUGCCAGACCUCACCAACCUGCACCUCCCCUCCCCGAUGCCCUCCCAAAAGGACGAGCUGGGAUACCCCUCCCUGAGUGGCGGAGGCAGCACGGGCAACUUGGCGGCCACUCUCACCCAGCUGGGCAUCACCGCGGGCGGCACCUUCAGCCUGCCUGGUUUGUCAACGCCUCUACAAGGAACAUUCAGUAACUCUAUGCUUCAGUCCUCGCUGAGCCACCCCAACAUCCAGUCAUCUCUGAGCUGCCGUUCCUCCCAUGAAUCACUGAGCUCCACCUCCUUGCAGUCGUCACUUAGCAACCCCUCUCUUCAGUCCUCUCUAAGCUCCUCCCCAUCUUUGCUUUCCUCUCUGAGCAACCAGUCUCUGCAUUCUUCCCUCAGUAACUCCUCCCUCAGUGGCAAAUCCCUCCAUUCAGCGGCCAAUAACCACAGCUUCAGCAGUGGGAUUGGUGGUUCCGGAUCUUGUUCCUCCUCUUCCUCCUACUCUUCACUUCUGGCGGGACAGCAAGGGCCAUCGCUCACCACAUCGCCGCGGAGGCGAAACCAGCUCAGCCCGCUCAAGUUAUCAGUGGGCACAGAAUCUCGUUGGCACCCCUCCAAGCAGUUUUCCCCAACCAUGUCCCCAACAUUGUCAUCAAUAACACAGGGCGUUGCUCUGGAUACAAGCAAGCUGCCAGUGGAUCAGAGGCUACCAUCCUAUCCUUACGGUCAGGUCCAGCAAUCCCACCUGUGUCCUCCGCAAUCCGCCCACGCAGGUACAAUGGUGACCCAUCUGCAGCAGCCGCAACAGUCUGACCUGCAGCAUCAUCCGCAGCAGCAGCAACAGCAUUGUUUACAGCAGCACCAACAGCAACAUCACCUACAGCAGCAGAACCCAGAGCAGCAGCAGCACCAUCAGCAGCAGCAGCACCAUCAGCAGCAGCAGCACCAUCAGCAGCAGCAGCACCAUCAGCAGCAGCAGCACCAUCAGCAGCAACAGCACCAUCAGCAGCAACAGCACCAUCAGCAGCAUAAACACCAGCUACCAUACCAGAAACAAACAAAUCUGCAACAGGAACAACAACAGCACCAAAUUCUACAGCAGCAGGAACAGGAACACCACCAGCAACAGUACCCACAGCAGCCUGGCCUACACAGUGCUAGUCAGCAGCCACAAUGGCUGCAGUUUCAACAGCAGCAGCAAUCACAGAACCAGUUGCAAGUUCAGGCGCCACACCGUGGCAUGGAACAGCCGCGGCAGGUACCAGGCAUGCACAGGGUUCCCGCGUCUUUGCCGCUGCUUAUGGAGAGCUCGCAGAAGCUGCUGAGCCCACAGAGAAGGGCACCCGAGUCUGCAUCACAGCCAGGCCUGAACUGCAGCCAGGCUCCCACAGGGAGACCGCCUUUGAGCGUUCCAAAUCCGCAGGCGUCAAUGGACCAGCUCCUCCCAGCCGGCCUGACUCCAUCAGCCAGUCAGUCUCUGCCUGCCAACAUGGACCUUCAGAAGGAGGCCUCAUUGCUGAGCUCCCUGCUCGAAGAACCUUUCGUGAACCUCCAGCUUCCAGGCAGACAGGGCCAGGAGCUGUCUCAGCAACUGAGGAGGUUCUACAUGGAGACCCCAGGGGGCGAUCGGCCCUUCAGCCAGGCCGGUGGGUCUGAAACGGGGAAAGAUGAACCCAGCCCCAUGGACUCUCACUCCACCACUAUCCAUCAGCUGUUGAACCAGCAGAACCAGAGCCAGAACUUCAGCACAGGCUGCCACAAAAACCCCAAUAUACUGCUGAGUGGGAAUUCAACGCCAGCACUGUCCAAGGAAAUCACUUGCAGCCUGUCCAGCAUGCCUGGAUUCGAGAUGGACCCCUUCGGCUUGGACGAUCCCCUGCGAAUGGACCCCCUGGUGCUGGAGGGCCUUGGUCUCCUGGAAGAUGGGGAGCUGGUGCUGGCUGACCCCGCGGUGGAGGACUCGUUCCGCUCGGAGCGUUUCCACUGACACGCUCCGGUGCUUGGCAUCCGCAGCGGUGACGUAGCGGGCCGGGAACGAGACUAACAGAUUAAUUUUCUACCACACUGUGGGCUCAUGCACUAAUACUACUCAGAAAGAGAAACUAUGGUUUAUUUGGGAUACUGAAAACUGCACUUUGGAGACCUUUGCGGGUAUGAAGCAUCUUUUGUGGCCUUAAAUCCUUUGGUUUGGUUAUUGUGGUGGAAUGCAGGCCGGUUGUCGCUCCCUCUUCUACAUGGUGGUGAGGAUGAUGAAUCAUGAAGCACUUGGCACACCAUGGCCGUAAGGUCGUAACGGACAGCCCAUCCUCGGUCAUGAUGAUCUAGUGCUUUCCGGGCACUGUCAGCUUGCCGGAUUGCACUGGCCAGUCGUAUCUCCAGGUCUUCUUUAGAAGUGCAAGUCAGAUACAGGACGUGGUGGGAUGUGGAGCCUCUGAUCAUAAUGGAACUCAUGAACAUGAAUCUGGUGCCCCCCCCCCCCCCACACCCCAAAGGUGAUGGGGCUCCAAGUCCCCCACCAUUCCCUAUGUCAGGCAAAACAAAAACAUCCUCUCUUUCCCCAUUGGAUGACAGCCCCCCCCCCCCCCUUGCUCAUUAAUGGAGUGGUCAGCUUUGCACACCAUCUAAAGCGUCCCCAGGCAUGAAGAUGUGUUUUGUUGGUCCUGCCGGAAGUUCCUUUUGGUCGUGUGGGCUCUCAGGCGGACAAUCUGGAAUGUCUGGGUCUCUGAAAUUCCCGUUCGACACCCGAAAGCCAUGAAAAAACGCAGGAAGGUCGUUGUUAAGGUCUGGUUACAGCCCUUCCUGACCUUCAGAGCUGAGAAGACCUCAGCUUGAUGAUGAGUGGAAGGAGUUGCUCCUUUGGUUGUUAUAAAGGAUGAAAUGUGUAUGUAUAACAUGCAGUUUACUGAAAACAUACGAGUGGGGCUGGAGAACAGCCGUGCUUCUUUGGGAGGACACACUGCAAAAGGACCUGGGGGCCGUCCAGUGUGGCUGUCACUGUCAUACAUUCCUACCAUAACGAUAACGCUGCAGCACCAGAUCUUCCCGGGUACUCUCUUGGUGUACUUUUUAAGGAAUCAAAUCUAUAACAACAUAUUUUAUGGCCUGUUAUUUUUCAUGUUAAGGGCUAUUUGGGAACAUAAAAUAUGUCCAAGGAAGUAUUUGGGGUGUCAGUUUUCCAACAGCUACGCACUGUAAUUAUUUUUUAUUAUUAAUUCUUUCUCGGCUCGAGCACAUUGUGUUAGUGAACACUGAGAAAGGCAUGUGGAAUCAAAUGUAAAUAUUAUUAACUCUGUUUACUCUGUUCUCAGUGGGGAAAGCCCUGAUUUAGCCCUUAAAGAACCUCACCUGCAUGGCAUUCCUGGUGUGUGUCGCAUUGCAUGCGGCCUCUCUGCAGGAAAUCUGCCUGCAGGUGCUGCCCGUGCACAACCAGACUCGUGACCGUGUAUUUUCACUGCGUCUGGCUGGCAUGGAUCCAAGUGAAUAAGAACCUGGGCGACCAGAGGUUAAGAUCAGAGGGGUGGAUGAAAGUCAUUUGUGGUUCAAUCCAGGCCUGGUUGCUGAUCCCAAGCCACCCAACAUAAGAUUUAAGCAGGUUUUGGGUUCUUGCAUCUCCUUGGAGGAAUCCGUCUUUAUUUCCUGUAGAGAUAACUAAGAAAACUAAGAAUUUUCCAUCUGUAUGUUGUUUUUUUUUUCUUUCCACAAACAACUGUUCUUGCAAUUAGUGUUUUAUUAUAAUAAUGUCAGAAGUUUUGAUUUGGAAAUGUGUCAUUUGCACUAACAGAAAGCGGUAAUUUCUGAUUAAAAUAUUGUUCUUUAGUGUAAUUGCAAAACAGCUAUUUUUAAAGCAGUUCAUUUUAUGCAGUUUAUGUCAGCAGUGCUGUUCAUUUGUGACUGGGGCAUGGAGCUGGUGAUUGUCUGUAUCCCCUCGAAUAACCCUUGCUGAAUAACUCUUGCUGUAAUUACCAAACUGCUUCCACGACAUUUGUUCGUCGACAAGGGCAUAGAUUUGAGUAGGGAAGGUAGGGACAUGAUCCUGUCAACAUUGCGAGAGAACCCUGUGUGUUUUGGGAAGGUGGGGGUUCACGGUUGAUUUGUUCCCUAUUUAUGUUGAAGCCAAACCUACAUCAUUAUUCUUCGAUCACAUUGCGUUUCUCUCUUCUCCUUUUUUCAAAUCAUGUCCAUGCUCGGCCACUAGAGGUAACUGUUGAGCAGCAAACAUUUAAACCUGGUUAGGAAUUUCCUACACUGGUCACAUUUUGACUGAUCUGGUGGUUCAGUGGGAAAUCCCAUUUACAGCUCAUGAGUCAUGCACAGUUUACAUGGUUGUGUGGGUCUCCUCCCCCCAGGUAUACCAUUCAGGUGAGUUGGUAACCCCAGAUUUCCAAAGUGUGCACACGAUUGUGCCUGAAUGCCUGGCAGCGGAUGGGCAUACCAUGCGGAAUACCUUAUGCCCUAUGCUUUCCGAAUGGUCUUUGGAGCACCGCAGUCUGAAGAGGAUCUUGAUCUCAUUAUUUAAAAAGUAUAAUGAUGUCUUAGUAAUGGAAAACUAGUAAUAAAUAGGUUUACACUUGGUCUUAAAUCGCCUAAAGUGAAAAUCUUCUCUUGUAAUGAACCGGGUUCUCCAGUCUCUCCUCAGAAAUCUACGGUUGAAUCACGUGUGCUGGUGAAAUAUUACAAAUGGGGUCCUCAGGGGAGAGUUUGAGAGCCAAUCUUCAGUCGUCCCUCCCUCCUUGCCCGGCUGCCUUUGUUAUUUCAACCGUGACAUUAUAGUGAGCCACUCUGCUUCAAGUAUCUGGGUGGCUUUGGCAGUAGCAGGGGCAGGGGCGACACUGGUGUUAAAUUAGAGGGUGAGACAGUCAUGUCCGUGCUUGGCCAAUCAACCGGGGAGGUCAAGGCCGUAUCAGUGACCACGCCAGUCAAGGAAUGAGACAAGAAACACAAAUGAUUUAAACCAGCAUUUCUGAUCCCAGGUCUCGGGAACUGCCAGAUGGUCACAUUUUUGCAUCCUGCUAGGAGCUGGGAGGGAGCAAAAAUGUGGGCCGCCUGGGGGUCCUCGGGGAGCAGGUUUAGUAAUAAUGCUUUAAAGAAGUUAAUUUUAUUGGUUCUUCAAUCACAGAUCACAGUUGACUGGAAGACAGCUGAUCAACCUUAGAAUGAUUGCCCAGCUCUUAGUUAUUAAUAUGACAUAUUUUAAGCAUCUAUGAUGGUUUUAUUGCCUCUCUGCAGAUAAAGCUCUGAACGCAAUAGCAAUUCAGUUGAAAGACAAUUGGGGAAUGUGGGGAAAAAGCCAUAUUUGUCUGGAAAUUAUUCUCACUUGUUGCUGUUAUUAAUAGAUGUUCAUCUUUUAUGUAGAAUAACAUGCAUAUAUAUAUAUACAUUUCAUUAGAGUUGUCUUUCGUGGUAUUUUCCUGUGUGUUACAUGUGGUGUUUUUUAUGUUUGUUCUUACCAGGGAAAAACAGAUGUUAAUAUGCCGUUUUGCCAUAGAUGUUUUCUUAAAUCUAACGAGUAUAGAGUUUUUAAAGCAAAUGCUGUGUACAUACACGUUAUUUUACAAGAAAAAUAAAUUACCAGAAAAGUA